AUGAAAGAAAAAAGUAAAAAUGCAGCAAGAAAUAGGAGGGAAAAAGAAAAUGCUGAAUUUUUGGAAUUAGCAAAAUUAUUACCUUUACCAUCGGCCAUAACGAGUCAACUGGAUAAAGCAUCGAUAAUUCGAUUAACUACGAGCUAUCUUAAAAUGAGACAUUUUUUUCCAGAUGGAUUGGGAGAUGCUUGGGGAGCUGCACCACCCCCGAAUAAUCCAAGGGAAUCCUCGAUUAAAGAACUCGGAUCGAAUCUAUUACAAAAUUUAGACGGUUUUAUAUUUGUCGUGGCACCAGAUGGUAAAAUAAUGUACAUUUCCGAAACGGCAUCCGUUCAUUUAGGAUUGUCACAGGUUGAAUUAACCGGAAACAGUAUAUACGAAUAUAUUCAUCCACACGAUCACGAUGAAAUGAUAUCCGUUUUAACAAUGCAUCAACCACCGCCACAAAUGACGCACCUCGGUCAAGAAUUCGAAAUGGAAAGAGCUUUUUUCUUAAGAAUGAAAUGCGUAUUGGCAAAAAGAAAUGCUGGUUUAACUUCUGGAGGAUAUAAAGUUAUUCAUUGUUCUGGAUACUUGAAAGUGAAAUCAUUACCUAUGGAUACGACAUCAUACGAGGGUUGUUAUCAAAAUGCCGGAUUAGUUGCUGUCGGACAUUCCCUAACUCCAAGUGCCAUCACAGAAAUUAAAUUACAUACAAAUAUGUUCAUGUUUAGAGCUAGUUUAGAUCUUAGACUUAUAUUUUUAGAUGCCAGAGUAUCAAACCUAACAGGUUACGAACCUCAAGACCUUAUAGAAAAAACAUUGUAUCAUUAUAUACACGGCUGUGAUAUGUUGCAUAUGAGAAUUUCACAUCAUAUACUACUUUUUAAAGGGCAAGUCACGACUAAGUAUUUUAGGUUUUUAACUAAAGACGGUGGAUGGGUAUGGAUGCAAAGUUACGCAACCAUAGUACAUAAUACUCGUUCUUCUCGUCCUCAUUGUAUAGUUAGCGUCAACUACGUACUUAGUGAUUUAGAAGCCAAAGACUUAGUUAUAAAUCUAGCUCAACUACCGAGAAACGAUGUAGCAGCUGUUUCAGACCACUCAACAACAUCAUCGUCAUCAUCAUCAUCAUCAUCAUCCGCGGCUCCGACAAUAACUAAUAAUAAAUCAAGAGUCGCCGCGGCAGCCCCCCAACAACCAAGAAAUGUACGACAACAACCGGAGGAUGAUUAUAGUGAUUCUAGUGGUGGCCUCAGCGGUUACGAAUAUCCAACUUGGUACUCAUCCAUUGAGAACAACAGUUAUUAUCCAGAUUUAUUUAAUAGUUUCAAUCAGGAAGGUUUGAAUUCACAAGAAUCUCAACGUCCUUUUAGUUCAAGUCCUUCGUCAAGCAGUUCAAUCGAAAGCGAAUAUCAACAACAAGGACCAAUACAAAUUUCUAAUUCGCAGCAUCACGUAACAGAACAUUCAAUAUUAGAUCAAAUAACAGAUCAUCAUCACAUAUACGAUUCAUACGUAUCAUGCGGAUACAAUAACAAUCAUCAUCAGACGAACACGAGUCCUAGUUAUCAUCAUCAUCACGGACACCAAGAUAUAAAACCGUUACCGUCACACGUUGUCCCUCAAUUGGGAUACACGAGUGUCAUCGUGGAACCACAACAGUGUCACCAAAUGGCCAACGAAUUUGUACACUAA